AUGACUUGGGCGACGUUUAAUGAUGCCAAGGUGCUGGAAAUCGAAGAAGACCUCCGUCGCGCGGAGACGCACAUACCGGCGGCGUUCAACAUCAGCGACGGUGACAGCUCUGAAAGAGUGCAGCAGAAGCUUGACUCCGUAGCUUGUGUACAAGCCUGGAAAUUUGCGCUCUUGUUGUACUCGGAACGAGUCUUCCACUGGGAACGAGAGGUUGGUAGGCAGUCAGCACAGAUCACUGCUCUCGCGAGGCAGACUUUGGACACUGUACGGAGUUGUCGUCCGCCCUAUGCAAUCCAGAAGCAGGUGCUUCUUCCUGUCUUUAUAGCGGGUUCAGAGCUCGAUGACAGCUACUCGAGACAAUUCGUGCAGCAGUAUUGCGAGACGUGGCAGGCAAAGACUCGCUACCAGCUGUUUCGAGAUUCCCUCGGAUUGCUGAGGACAAUAUGGAGUCGAAGAGAUCGUUGUGGUGGAGAUGUGAAUGUUUGGUGGGGAUCUGUUCUUCCGGAA